UUUUAAUUAUGAGGAUAUUAUUUAUUUUUUUCUUUGUUUUUAUGGCAAUUUCAGUUGCUUUUGGGGAAGGCGAAAAGAAAGGUGGAUUUGCUGGAAAGCCUAAGCGUCCAAUUAAACAAGGAAUUGAAAAUCUUACUACAUUUAUACCUCCGACAACUGAACAGUAAUUGGAAAGUUCGUCAUAAAAUUCAUAAAUACCUUUUUCAAUAUAUUGAAUGGGGAAAAUACUGGAAGAAUUUAAUUAAAAUAAUUGGGAGAUUA